AUGGGCAAGGUGACCAAAGCCUCCUUGCGAGAUCAGCCAUGGGACGUCAUUCUGCAGGUGCUGCAGGAUGCCCAGGUGCCCUCAGUGGCGCUGCUGGGGGCUGCAGUAGAUGCUCUAGGGCGUCAAAGACGCUGGCAGACCGUUGUCGAGCUACUACACUGCAUGGAAGAGGCCACUUUGCAGGCAAACAUUGUCCUGCUGAACGCUGCACUCAACUCUGUAAAAGCAGGUGGUUGGCUUGUGGCCCUCUCGCUGAAGAUGAGUAUGGACCUGAGAGGCUCACAGCCCGACGUCAUCACGUGGAACACGCUUGCCAAUGGGUGCAUGAAAAGCAGCGGUUGGGAGGUGGCUACGCGAUGCCUGACUGCUUUGCAGAGGCCUAACCUGGAGCCCAGCGUUGCCAGCUUCGGAGCAGUCAGCGCUGGUGGUCCUUGGCGACGCUCUGUGGCGCUGAGUGAUGUCAUGCUGCACAGCGGCUUGCAUGCAAAUCGCAUUAGCAACAACGCCGUGCUGGGUGUUUGCGCAAGCUUUGGACAAUGGACCUUGUGCUUGGACCAGUUGGGCCACUUGAAGCACAUGACCCAGCCGGAUGUUUUGAGCUUCAGUGCGGUGAGUAGCGCUUCAGAGAAGGGUCAUCAAUGGCUGCCAGCACUUCGAGUUUUACAUCAAUCGAUCAUUGAGGCUAUCCCCCAAGAUGCUGCUUUGCGGAGCACGGUACUGAGCUCGUGUGAGAAGUGCCACAGGUGGAGGAUGGCAUUGUCGCUGCUCCACACAAGCCGCCAGGAGCACUUUUACUUGGACCUCAUUAACUUCAACGCAGUGAUCAGCUCUUGCGAGAAAGAUGGCCAAUGGCAGUGGGCCUUGCAGUUGCUUCAAGAGAUCCGACGCUCCAUGCUGCGACCGAACGUAGUAUCCUACAAUGCAGCGAUAAGUGCUUGUGAGAAAGGAGGGGCUUGGGAGUAUUCCGUGGAGGUUCUGAAAGAGAUUGCCAGACAGGCACUUCGGCCAGACGGCACCAGCUUUAACGGGGCGAUUAGCGCAGCAGCACGGGGACGCCAAUGGCAGGUCUCGUUGGAGCUUUUCCAUGCCGAAGCAGGAGCUUUGAAACCUGAUCUUGUGGCAUUUGGAGCAGCAGUCACCGCUUGCGAGGCCGGCGGAAAGUGGGACUUGGCCUUGAGCAUCUUGGAGCAUGCAAAGGCGAUGAACAUUGAAUUGAACGAUGUGGUGUUCAAUGCAGCGAUCAGCGCAUGCGAAAAAGGCGGAAGAUGGCCUAUGGCGUUGAUGCUCCUUGAACAGAUGAAUUGCUUGACAGUUGAGGCGUCGUUGAUUUCCUUCAAUGCAGCCAUGAGUGCUUGUGCACAAGGCGGUCCCUGGUAUUUAACAUUGGCUCUUUUCGACUGUGCGCUUUUCUCCAAUUUGGACCCGGAUGAGUUUACGCUGAGCGCAGUUGUGGAUGCUUGUGCUCGGUCAGCAGUGGCAGCAAGCGAUUUCUCUUUUUUGCUUUUCCGAGCCUGA